AUGGGAAUGACGCGGCUUGUUUCUUUUUUGUUUACCUUUGUGGUGUUUUCCGUUCCUGGUUCUGUAUUUGGGGCCUCUCCAGCCCAUCCUGACAAUGAACAUCACUCUCUGGGUACCGCCAUCGACGUCAUAUUUUCACGGAUUCUUGAGGAUGCAAAGCACGACUUGAGCCGCAGCAAUGUGCUGCAGAGCUGCGGCAAACCGGGGGCCCAGCCAGACGGACAGAAAGGGGUCCAGUGCCGCCGCGUGUUGAAGGGUGAGCCUGAUGCGGCUCAUGAGUUGCUGCCGUUCCUCCUCAGGGACGAAGAGGCGAUGAAGCUAUGGAGAGAUCACUUCAAGCGCCACGUUAACGACCUCGUUAGGGAGGCAGCCGAAUACAGCGGUGCAGACACCCCUCUCCACGGCCCCGUUUUGAGAACGCUGGCAGAGAGAGAGUUCUGGGGCAGCCGCCCGGCCGUUAGCAACGGGGCCCUGCAGCAUUUGCGGCUGAAGAUGCAGCGCCUGAAGCUUGCAGCUGCCGAGAAGGGGAACGACCCCGAGCUGGAAGUGAGCUGGGAGGCAGAAGUGUCGCCGCGGUUCAAAUACCACAGCAUAAAGGACGCGAAAAAACAGAUGGGGACGUAUCUGAGUUGGUACGAAGAUCCAGAUAAGCCAAGUGUACCUAUGGGUGAGCCUCUACCAGUGAAGAAGUUUGAACUGCAAGCAGAUGCUCAAGAAGACGAUACGACAGACUUCGACGCACGAGAGGCAUUCCCUGAUUGCAAAGACGUCAUAGGACAUGUACGAGACCAGGGAGAUUGCGGGUCGUGCUGGGCAUUCGCUAGCACGGAAGCUCUUAACGAUAGAUUCUGCAUCAAGACAGGCGGGAAGCACAUGGAGAUACUGUCGCCACAGCACACCACAUCAUGCUGCGAUCUGCUACACUGCUUAUCUUUCGGCUGCAGUGGGGGCCAGCCGCGCAUGGCUUGGCGGUGGUUUGCAAACGACGGGGUUGUGACGGGGGGUGAUUAUGAUGAACUUCACAAGGGGAAGAGCUGCUGGCCGUACGAAGUACCUUUCUGUCAGCACCACUCCAACGGGCCUUACCCGCAGUGCGAGGGACCCCUCCCCAAGGCCCCUAAGUGCAGAAAAGAUUGCGAGGAGGCGGAAUACAGCACGAAGGUGCAUCCAUUCAAGGAGGAUCUUCACUUUGCUUCCAGUUCAUACAGUGUAGAGGGACGGGAUCAGAUCAAGAAAGAAAUCAAGGAGAAUGGAACGCUUACAGGAGCCUUCUUAGUCUUCGAAGACUUCCUCAUGUACAAAAAGGGAGUGUAUCACCACGUCACAGGCUCCCCCAUGGGCGGCCACGCAAUCAAGGUGAUUGGCUAUGGCAAUGAAAACGGCAGAGACUACUGGCUAGCCGUCAACAGCUGGAACGAAUACUGGGGAGAUAAGGGCACCUUCAAAAUACAGAUGGGAGAGGCCGGAAUAGAUAAAGAAUUCUGCGGUGGAGAGCCAAAAGUACCGGCAAACCUCAGUACAUUUUUGCAGCAAUCCGCACAUGAUUUGUAA